AUGCAGCGUAAAGUUACGCGGGAUGUGCGCAUCGUUUUUUUCUUGUCGAUCGAUAUGGUGGCUGGGUGUGCGGCAGGGAGGACCUACGUGCUUCAUGUUAAACGCGGAGACAAGAUCCAUACAUCAUCCCCUCCGCUCACCGCAGACGAGGGAGGAAAGUUGCAUGUGAACCUCUUUCGCACCUUUACUUCAACGCUGCAACGACAGAACGACCAGAAGUACAAGAAGAAGGAGCUCAAGUUUCGCGUUGAGGAGGUGCGUUCCAAGACGGUGAAAACGUUUUCCUAUGACUUGAGCAAGAACAUUGUGGAUGAAUCGUUUCCUGAAAGGAAGGUGGUUAUCAGGGAAAGCAACGGUACAGUCGAGCUGUAUUUAAGACUGAGGGGAACGGCAGAGUGUCUGCAUUAUCAGCAACAAAGCGUUCAGACCGGCCCCACCGUGUCGUUCACCUCGUAUAUGCGUGGAACAAGCAGUGCAUCUUCACUGGUUCCCUGGGAAAUCCCCAGUGUAUACGACGCCACCCCAACUUCCUCCAUUGCUGUCGAUGACUACGUUAGUGUCAUUGAUAGCCUGACUGAGGCGGCGAGCGAAAAAAGGGGUGAUGAGCUCCAUUCUGAGACCCAGGAAACGGAGGCGGGCGAUGAAACCAAUACUGGAAGCCUUGACAAGGACUUGGCACGCCCGAAGAGUGUGUUUCAAACGUUAAUGACAUCUCCGAAACGAUCGACAGUGGACACGUUAAAUGAAAUCCGCAACAAAAAUUCCCAAGGGCCUGGUUUUACCCGGGGUCCGGCUGUGGUGGAUUCAACAAGAAAGGAAACACCGCCUCCUCCCAAGGUGCCUUCGAAGCGGAUAAUGGUGGAUCUGAAGGAGGACCCUGUCCAUAGAGUUAUUAAACAAAUUUGUGCUGCUCUUAGGCAGAGUAAAGACACCGAUAAGGAGUCUCAGAAGGUGCGACAUGCCCCGAAAGAAGCUCAGUUGACUCUGAAUUUUUAUGUACAACAGACGGGUGAAACACUAGAGCGGUUUGUGAUUGGUUUUUUGGCUCAUGUUCUUCUUGAAGUGUGUGAAGAGACGCGCCACAUUGGCAGUUGGCUCAAUCUUUUGACGCACGUUAUCUACGGAUCUCUUCUGCACGCCAGCCAUCCAUGUAAUGUGUCUGAUGUUGAAAGGAUGACGCUACGCAUUUCCGAAUUGAGAGGUUUGGAUGUCAAUACUUUUAUGACACGAGCAAAAACCAUCGUGCGACAACUUGCGGGAGGUUCAAAUGCCUCUACUGGAAUUGAACUAUUUUGGCUUGCUGGGUUGGAUUACUGUGCCAAAACGCUCGCCUUGCUUUCUGUGCAUCAUGUUCAACGGUUCAUUGACAAUUUUUCAACGCUCUCUCCAAGUUUUGAGGGAGGUCGUAUUUUUAUGGAGGACGACUUGAUUUCAGCAACAGAGAUACUGUGCUCCCACUUCCAUCUGCUUUUGUGCAAUUUACUUUCUCAGACAAAUGAGUAUGUAGUGUCUGAUAUUCGUGCCGCGCCCCCACUCUACAGAAUAAUUUUGGCGGAAAUUAUGUCGAAGUUGUUUAGUGACCUGAUAACUGUGAUUGUUGAGUACAUGUGCAAACUGGAACAUCUGAACACCAAUGGUACGUUUCAUGUUGCGUUGAAGAUUUUAAAGCUGAUUAUCUCCUGGGCAAAGGGACACUUUUUGCUUUCUGUGGUGUCUCCCGUUUUGGUGUCGCUAGUUGUGUACUGUGACUCUGUUUUGUUUCCGCAGGAGUUGCUGCGAAACCGCGACUACCGUUUGUACGUGGAUGGUUUUCUUCCUUUGUUUGCGGCAAACAACAGUGUGGCUAGUCACCGUUCUCCAUGGAGCUUUUCACCAGCCCUGUCGAGUACUAUGAGCGGCUCUGUUGCUGUUUCUGUUCUUGCUGUGCUGACGGAGUUUACCGCGGGAGGAUGCAGAAAGACACCUGAAGCUGAGAGGAGCCUUUGGAUGCUGGUUGAGAUUCUUGACGGUGACAAGGACGCUGCAGAGCAGGUCCUCUCAGCGGAGGAGUUGUUUCCUGCGACGGCGUUCAAUGGCACACGGUACAGCCUUUCUGACCCGGGUCUUAUUCUACCACUGUUGGCCCAUACGGUGAAGGCCUCUUCCAUGUAA